UUUUCGAGAAGUCUCUCAGCUGAAUUGCCUGCUUUGAAAUAAGCAACACGAUAAACCUUAGUGUUAGACGGUUUGUGAGAAACACCAACAAAUUCGACAGUUGUUUCAUUUCAGAAAACAUAGAGCUAGGAGUCCGAUUCUACUCUUACGAAUCAAUCUGAAUCUCGCCGACCUAUGCACACUCUUCGUAUACGUUCCAAAGCAAAUAAUCUGGAUGCUCACUUAUCAGUGGUACGGCGGCGAGGUGUUGUGCAGGGUGUGCUCGUUCUUCUCGACGUUCUCGUUCUACGCGAAUUCCUUCGUCAUCACUUGUAUUGCCAUCGACCGAGUAUGUGGAGCUUACAACAUCAGAUCAGAAUCAACCCUUACUGACCAUAGCCUCGUUUCUUCAAUAGUGCCUCUCCAAAAUCACCCCAUGGGGAAGCUUUUGACUCUAACGUUUGUCUUAAAAUCAGCUGUUCUUCGUUUGGCUAGAUCCUCCAUCUGUGCUCCCAUUAACAUCCUCAUCGGCGUCCUUCAUGUUGAGUUGAACUUUUUCACUAACGACUAUUUUUUGAGCGAAAUACAUAAAUUGCUUUUAUGCCUUGCUCCCAUUCGCAUCCUCAUCGGCUUCCUUUGUGUUGAGUUGAAGUUUUUUUUAACUAACGACCACUUUUUGGGCGGAAUACAUAAAUUAUUUUUAUGUUUUUGUUGUUUUUGUAAGAGCCACCCUUAUCGGUGUGAGCGAGCUGUGUCUAAUUUGAUAGUAAAAGUGAUGACCUAA